GGAUUUAAGGCCGGCAGGGGAACGGCAGCGCGGCGGGAGCGGCGAUGUCGCAGGAGGAGCGGACGGGGAUGCGGCGGAUCUCCCAGAGCUGUCCCGACCUGCUCCGAGACGAGAGCGACUCGCUGCUCUUGCCGCUCACCCCGUCGUUCAGCAGCUCCAUCGAGGAGGAAUGCCGGAACAUCGUCGCUCUCUUGCUCUCUGGCUCCGCCGCUUCUCCGCGUAGUUCUUCCAGCCCGGCUGACAGCGGCGCGUCGUGGUCACCCUCCUCCGGCCUCGUCACGUCCACGCCCCGCGGGUCCUCGCCGCGUCCCGAGUUCAGCCCGUCGGCUGCCGCUCUGCACAGCGCGUCCUGCGGGGUACAGCGCCAAAUCGCUUUGCCACGUACCGGGGGGUCCGCCGGCUCGACCCGCCUGCAGCACCGCAGGGCCGGGAUGCUGCUCCCAGGCCGCUCCACGGGCACCAUCCUGAGCAGCGCCCGUGGAAGGACGUUCAUGGCUCGGUCGUCCUCGGCCCCGCUGCUGGCACCUGUGGGGCCGGAGCCGCAAGGGGCUGGCAGAGGGCGCGGUGCUUCUGCUACCAGGCUGCCCGUGAUCUCAGGUGCCAAGCCAAAGGCGAUAACAGCUGCCAAGUCCAGGCUGCAGCCUCCCAGCAGGGCCUCACAGCUGGCACAGCCAUCCGCCAGGCACAAGGCUCCAUCCAAGGGCAAAGGGAUGGAAACUGCUGGCAAGGCUGCUGGCCGCAAACAGCCACCUCAGAAGCUUCCCCCCACGGCUUCUGUCUGUCUGCAGUCGGGAGCGAGAAGAGCGGCUUCCUCCGAGUGUGCUUGCCCAGAAUCAACACCUCGGGAAUCAGUGUGCGACAGGACCCGAGAGCUGCUGGAAAUUGAUAAAGCUGACUUGACGUUCAUGUGUGUGGAGUCCCAUCAUCUCUGCGAAUCACUCCCUGGCCCUGUUUCAGUCUGUGGUGAUGCAGCCUGUGCUGCUCAGCCCGCAGGUUGCCGGUUGUCCCACGAGGAGCUGGAGCACUUGAAGAAAGAGCUGGAGCAAAUGAAAAGGGAGCUUGCUUACAAGACGGCCCAGUGGGAGGCGUAUUAUCAGGCAGUCCCCGAUUUCUUUGCUCACCUCAGAGCGGCAGGUACGUCCCCCUGCUGGGGUGAACCUUCACCUCUAUGUGGGUUGCAGGGAUGCUCCGGUGAUCCCUUGCUGGGCUCACCAGGGGCUGCUGUGUGGGAGGGAUGAAGCUGGGAAUGCUGCUCUUGUUCCUCAGGAAUCCAUCCAGAAGCUGCUCAGGAGGAUGAGAACAGCACUGAGGAGAGUGACUGACAGCUCCCCCCAGCACAUGGUUACAGAUGGCAACGACUUGUCCAGUCACCAGAGCUGCUGGGACAGUGAUAUUUACAGAACACCUGCACAGAUGGAUCUUUGUAACUCUUCGUACUUCAAAUAAAUGUGUCCUUUCUUGCACUGUC